CAGCAGCGCGACGCUCAUGGCGGCUGCAGAGGCCGGGCCCGACACGGCGCUGCGCGAGGCCACCCAGCGCAAGCUGCGGAAGUUCGAGCGACUCAGAGGCCAAGUUGUGAACGUGGGAGAAUUCUGGGAUGUGGUUGUGAUAACAGCGGCCGACGAGAAGCAGGAGCUGGCUUAUAAGCAGCAGCUGUCCAGGAAGCUGCAGCAGAAGGAGCUCCCCCUGGGCGUCCACUAUCACGUGUUUGCUGAUCCUGCUGGAGCCAAGAUUGGAAACGGAGGAUCAACACUUUGCGCCCUUCAGUGUUUGGAAGAAAUAUAUGGUGAUAGAUGGAAUCGUUUUACCGUCCUGUUAAUUCACUCUGGUGGCUACAGUCAACGCCUGCCCAACGCAAGUGCCCUGGGAAAAAUUUUCACAGCUCUGCCUCUUGGUUACCCAAUUUAUCAAAUGCUGGAGUUAAAACUGGCCAUGUACAUUGAUUUCCCCUCUCAUAUGAGUCCCGGAGUUCUGGUCACCUGUGCAGAUGAUAUAGAACUUUAUAGCGUCAGAGACACCGAUAUCCUGAGGUUUGAUAAGCCAGGCUUUACUGCUUUGGCUCAUCCUUCUGACUUGUUGAUAGGGACGACCCAUGGGGUGUUUGUGUUAGAACCUUCAGGUGGCUCAGAAUGUGGAGACCUGGAGUAUAGGACUUGCCACCGUUUCCUGCACAAGCCCAGCUUAGAAGAGAUGUAUCAGUCUGGUGCUGUAGGCAGAAAGGGAACCCCCUCCCCAAAGAACUUGGCUGUAGGGGACCUCAGUACUCCUAACUUGCACUUAGACUUUGUCUACACGGAUAGUCUAUUCUACAUGGACAAUGAUUCAGCCCGAAAGUUACUAGCCUUUUAUCAGCAACUCGGGGCCCUGACCUGUGAAAUUGAUGCCUACGGAGACUUCCUGCAGGCCCUGGGCCCCGGAGCAACUGUGGAGUAUACAAGAAACACAGCCAAUGUUACUAGAGAAGAGUCGGAGUUAGUCGAAAUGAGAGAAAAGAUCUUCCAUCUUCUCCAAGGGACACCACUCAACAUUGUUGCUCUUAACAACUCCAAAUUCUAUCACAUUGGCACAACUCAAGAGUAUUUGUACCACUUCACCUCAGAUGGCACACUGAAAUCUGAGCUUGGCUUAGUGUCCAAAGCUGUUAGCAUCUUUCCAGGGGGCUCAGAAUGUUUCCGUGAAGCCCCCUGUGUCAUUCAAAGCAUAAUGGAGUCACGAGCUUCUGUGGGCCUGGGCUCAGUGGUGGAGUACUCCUGGUUAGGACCCGAUGUCACAGUUGGAGCCAACAGCAUCAUCAGCGGCUGUCACAUCCUCACUAAUGCUGCCCUCCCCCCAAGUUCUUUCCUGUGUGCUCUUAGCCUGCAGGUAAAUGGACACUUGAUGUACGCCACGAUGGCGUAUGGCGUGGAAGACAACUUGAAACGGAAUGUGAAGGCGCUGUCAGACAUCCGUUCCCUUCAGUUUUCUGGACUGGGGCUCCUGGCGUGCUUAGAUCUUUGGGGCUUGAAAGUGACAGAAGGCCUGUUCUCUGGCAGCAGAACCAGCCUCAGCUUGUGGACCGCCCGGAUCUUCCCCGUGUGCCCAAGCUUGAGUGAGUCAGUGAUGGCCUCCCUCGGGAUGCUGGGUGCUGUGAGGGGCACGUCACCAUUCCGUCUGACCAGCUACGAGCUCUUAUCCAUUGAAGAAAUGCUCUUCUACAAAGAUGUGGGGGACAUGAUGAGAUGGAGGGAGCGCAUUUCUCAGGAAAUCCAUUUACGGGGGUGCCAGGCAGAUGUGUCAGAGUAGGUUUGUGGGGUGUUUGACUCACAUUCAGUUUAACCUUGCUGUCAAGGUUGCAGAGCCCAAGAAUUCUGGCUCUUUUUUCUUUGUUUCACAGAAGUAGAAAUAAUGAAAUUGUAUUAGUAGUGUUAUUGUAGCAUGACAUUAGUAAUGCAAAAAUACAAAUAAACCAUUCUUUCGGUGAAGGAAUUAAUGAAAUAUUUCAAACCUCCAGGUACAGAGACAGAUUUUCUGAGAACAUUCAUUACUCCUUGGGGAGCUUUUUGAAUAAGAAUUAAUGACUAUGGACAUAGUAAAUUGUACAUUCAUGGAAGCGGUGUUUUAAGAAAAAAAAACAAAGUAGUCGUUUCAGCAGCGUGGUCUGUCAGAUCAUAAAAGAGCAUUUAUUUGGUAUUUUCCUUUUAAGAAGGAUUUAGGAUUUGUGUGAUAUUAUUUUGACUAAAUUAUAUCAUAAAUAGUUUUUAAUGUAAUUUUCCUCAAGGUUUAAGUGAGGACUUUAGCAUCUCUUCUGCUGCUUAUAAAGGACGUUGGACUUUUGGUUCCAAUAAAAGCUCAAAAUACUUCUUUUCAAAAUACUCCCACCCUGGGAUGUAAUUCCAUUUGGAUGAACUAAUCAGAGUAUCAUCUCUUUAGGCCUAUUAGAUUCUCAAGAACCCUCCUAAUAACCCUUUAUCCUUAGAAACAAAACUGUAGCUAGCAAAUUCAAAUGAAAUUAAUGCUCAACAACCAGAAAUUGUUUUAAAGUAAGAAUUAACUCAGGGUCUUAGUGGUUCAGCAUUUAAGGGGAAAAAAUACACACACA